CAUCUCAGUGUGCCCACGGAUACGGCAGUGUUGAGACGUUGGAAACAUGUGCUCUGCAAGAUACAGGAAGGAGAACGAGACGGUGAUCAGCAGGCUGCCGCCAACCAAAGAGGAGAGGAGCUUCCAGGCCUUCCUGUGGAACCGCAAAGCCGGGACUGUCCUGGGUCGCACUGCAUCCUCUUGGGCCAAGAUCGGACUCUUCUACAUCGUGUUCUAUGCCUUCCUGGCGGGCUUCUUCAGUCUCUUGAUGUUCGUCUUCUACCAGACUCUCGACUACCACGUCCCGAAGUACACAGGGGAGGAGUCCCUGCUUCGCAACCCUGGUUUGAGUUUCCGGCCAGAAAUGGACUAUGUCGACGACCUGAGGCCCACCAUCUCCUACUCCCCGAAGUACGGAAAAAGUUUUGUCUACUCCAUUGACAGAUUUUUGGACCCAUACAUUCACCGCCCGUCCAACGCCAUAGACUGCUUGCCGGUUGACGAGGGUCUUUUCAGUGGUUCUGUGUGUUAUUUCGACAUUUACAACCUCAACACAACCUGCAGCAAGGAUAACGAUUGGGGAUAUGAGACAAACUCCCCCUGCAUCCUUCUAAAGCUUAAUAAGAUGUUCCACUGGAGGCCUGAGCCGCUGCUGUAUCUUAACGAGCUCCCCGAAGGUUUACAGCAACACAUCAACAGCUUGGCAGACUCACAUGGGGCGCUCCGGCAGAACGCGUGGGUGUGGUGUGAGAGUGAGGAAGUUGGAAUUGAGCAGUUGUCACCAGGUCUUCCCAUCAGCUUCUUCCCUUACUUCAAUCAAGAAGGUUACCUCGCUCCUUUCGUCUUCGUCCGCGUCCUUAAUCUCCCUGUUGAACAGAAGGUGACGGUUCGAUGCCGUGCGUGGGCGAGUAACAUUCAACAUCAAAGAGACAAUCGACUGUUGGGGGAGGCAGUCAUUCACUUCCACCUCUAUUAAGCCAGAGAUCGCAGGGCCUGUACUUUGAAACGUCCUGGACUCACAAGCAGUAUUCUUACACGUUACAGAGAUGAAUAGUUGGAUUCGCAUGCAUUGUUUUUCCCAUUGCACAAGAGUUAAUAUGUAUUCUCAGUCUUUCACCCCUUUUUCUGGUAACUCUAAAACUCCUUGCCUAUUUCUGUAUUUCCCCCUUCCCAUAACUUGAAUUCUCUGAAGACGGAGGUUUCAAGACACUUAUCCUUCAGUGUGGGAUAAUACAUUUUCUUUUUUUUCUUUUUCUUUUUUUCUUGAGGGACUGGCACCUCAGUAGGUAUGUAUAUUGUUUUCCUUGUUGUUGCCAUUAGCCAGUGUCCCGUUUUCAUGAAAAUAAGGUAAUAACUAAGUAAAUAUGUAAAUAGGUAGACAGAUAAAUAAAAUCACUAAAACAACC